AUCGACUGUUUCCUCAACUGCGCGCUUAUGGAGGAGAGUACGAGCGCGUGAGGGGUGCGCGCGCCAGGCUCAUAGCUCCCCCCCCCCCAUCCCUUUUUACUCCCAUGGCGGGCGCUGGGCCCGGGCCCGGCCUUGAGGAAGAGGCCGACGAGGAGCUGCUGCAGCUGGAGACGGAGCCGCCGCCCGUGACGGUGGCUGGGAAGGCCACGAAGGCGACGCCUGGAGGCGCUGUCAGGAUCAGCCUCGGCCGGGGCUCGGUGACGCCAGCGGGACCGGAGUUGGACAAUGAUGGAGGCGAGGAGGACGAGGAGGACGAGGAGGAGGAGGAGCCCCUUCUGGGUGCGGGGGCUUCGGGCUGGAGCCGUAGGAACCAGGAGAGCCGCGGCGCCGCAGCACACACAGGAAAUGUUGGAAGUACUGCAGAGAUGAAUAUCUUUUUGGAUGAUCCUGAAUUUGCUGAAAUCAUGCAGCAAGUAGAACAAGCCAUCGAAUGUGGGGUCUUUCCUGAAAGAAUCUCCCAGGGAUCUAGUGGGAGUUACUUUGUCAAAGAUUCUAAGAGAAAAACAAUUGGAGUGUUUAAACCAAAAUCUGAAGAGCCUUACGGUCACUUAAACCCAAAAUGGACCAAAUAUUUUCAUAAAAUCUGUUGUCCCUGCUGUUUUGGCAGAGGCUGUCUUGUUCCUAAUCAGGGAUACCUUUCUGAAACUGGUGCCUCUCUUGUGGACAAUAAACUGGGAUUAGGAAUAGUACCUAAAACAAAGGUUGUCUGGAUUGUUAGUGAGACCUUCAAUUAUACUGCAAUAGAUCGUGCAAAAUCAAGAGGAAAAAAAUAUGCUUUAGAAAAAGUGCCAAAGGUUGGCAAAAAAUUUCAUCGAAUAGGACUACCUCCCAAGGUUGGCUCCUUUCAGCUGUUCGUUGAAGGUUACAAAGAGGCUGACUUUUGGCUCAGGAAAUUUGAAACGGAUCCUUUGCCUGAAAAUACAAGGAAACAGUUUCAGUCACAGUUUGAAAAAUUGGUUGUGCUUGAUUAUGUCAUCAGAAACACUGACAGAGGCAAUGACAAUUGGUUAGUCAGGUAUGAAAAGCAGAAUGAUGGGAUUGACCUUUCUGAUAAGGAUAUCCAAUGGCUUAAUGAAAAGGACCCUAUUAUUAAAAUAGCAGCAAUUGAUAAUGGUUUAGCUUUUCCUUUCAAACAUCCUGAUGAGUGGAGAGCAUAUCCAUUCCAUUGGGCUUGGCUUCCACAAGCAAAGGUCUCUUUUUCACAAGAGACAAUAGAUUUGAUUCUUCCUCGAAUUUCUGACAUGAACUUUGUACAGGAUCUUUGUGAGGAUCUUUAUGAACUAUUUAAGACUGACAAAGGUUUUGACAAGGCAACUUUUGAAAAUCAAAUGUCUGUGAUGAGAGGACAGAUACUUAACCUUACUCAGGCAUUAAAGGAUGGAAGAAGUCCUCUUGAGCUUGUUCAGAUGCCCCGUGUCAUUAUGGAAAGAAGUCAUGGUGGAAGUCAAGGACGAAUUGUUCACCUGAGCAAUACAUUUACACAGACUUUUCAUAGCCGGAAGCCUUUUUUUUCUUCCUGGUAGAAAUUAUUGUCUCCAACUUAGCAAGACUUUCUACUAUGUAAACGAUUCAGAAUAGUGUAACUCUGCAUACAACAGAGUGCUGGACUGCCAAAACCUCAGAACUUAAGUUUUGUAUUUUGAAUGUAAUAAGUUUACAGUUUCUUUAAAAUUGUGAAAUUUUACAUCAGGGAAAUGAGGAGUUUGUCCUAUAUUGUAUUUUUAUAGACGGUUUAAUGUUUUCUGUAUUUAAUAAAAGGGAAAAAAUAAAGUUUACAGAUGCCAAAGACUACUUUUGAAUAAAUUGUAGGAAAGAAUUGUUCUGUUGAAUACAAAUUUCAGAAACCAUGUCUAAUUUGUUUGUUAGAAAUAAAGCACAGCUUUUUCAUUCCUCUACUGAUGAGACAACUGCAUGAAAAUUCUCCUUUAACAGUAAUUGAUCAGUUGUUAUAGUGGUUCUUAGUGAUUUAUGGACUCAGACAUAACAAACUUGUCUCUUACCAUUUGGAUCUGGGACCAAUAUUAUUGCAUCUGCAUUGGGAAAAUGCAAGCAUGGAAAAAGACUAAGUUAAUCCCGCCAUUUUAGAGGAAACCUAAUUUUGACAAAUUCUCAUGCCUUAUUUGGUUCUGAAUGCACAUAUUUCUAUAGGUUGCUCCUGUAUCAAAGUCUUGCUUGAGAGCAGGAUUAUAAGCAAGUCUCAACCUAUGCCCCUUACCAUCACCACUUACUUAAAGUGCAAUAUAUGUGUAACGUCUGUCCCUGCAGAAAAGGGGAUAGAUGGAGUGUUUGAGUGGGUCCAGUGAGAGAGUGAGUGUAUGGGUUACUUUUGGGAGGUAAAUUUAAAUACUCUCAAACCCUUCUAUCAAGAAAUUAUAUGCAGGAUUGGGAGAAUCACCUCUUAAGUCAGUUCCAAGUAUAGCUCUUUCUGCAUUUUUCUUUCUCUCUGCCACACCUCUGCCAACAAUUGAGACAAUCAUGGACCACUUCCUCGAUGGAAAUUGGAAAGAUUAAGGCAUGUGUAAUGCCCUUUUAGUUAUUGAAACUUAAAAUAUGCCAGAGGUGUAUUUUUUGUUGUGGACCAUGUUUAGAAUUAGUGUUACAGGUCACAUAGCUUGGCGCUUGUGGGGUGGGCAUUGUCUGCAUUGCUAUGUUGUAUGCUUUGGCCUUGACACUUCAUAAGGAUCUAUGAGAAAAAUAAUAUAUUUUCUUUAGAUUAGUAUUUAUGCUGCAGUUCCUCCACAAUAGUAAAGGAAACCUACCACCCAUGUCAAUCAGAUUUGUUGGCAACAUCAAAAUGGGUACCUUUCAUUACUUACGGUAUACUCCAACAUGCCCCCAAUACUGAUAUUCUAAGCACCCAAAUGUGUGGUGAAGCAGAAGUGAAUUCCUGUCUAUUCGUCAUAAGACAUGUCAACAACACUAAGCCAUUUUGUGGGCUUUAACUUGUGUAAAACAUCAAUUGCCAUGAAAUGUUUAGAUUCAUAUACAUCUAUAGGAAUUUUGAUCUAAAUUCAGUGUUAUGUUUGAAUGUGAGGAUCUCAAGUAAUAUCAGUAGCAAAUCCUGCUUUUAUUAAGUUGUGUGUUCGGUAUUUCCAGCAAUGCUGUAUCUUAAGCUGCUGAUGAAUAUUCCUGAGGCCCCUUUAAAAAAAAACACUGGGUUUUGGUAAAACAGUUUGGCAUGUUGGGAAAAAUUUAUUUGGUAUACUAAAAUGUGUAAGCCUUAAAAUGUAAUAUUUUCUGUACUGUAGGAGUAGAUGAUAGUCAUAUUUAUGAAAAUACUGCGGUUUCAGUUUUUAUCAAUUCUCAUAAUUUUUUAAAGAAUGUGUAAGAUUACCAGACUUUGUUCUCUUAAACCAAUAAAGC